GCGAGAGCAUGUCCAAGCCGGUGGACCACGUCAAGCGGCCCAUGAACGCCUUCAUGGUGUGGUCUCGGGCUCAGCGGCGCAAGAUGGCCCAGGAAAACCCCAAGAUGCACAACUCGGAGAUCAGCAAGCGCCUGGGCGCCGAGUGGAAGCUGCUCACCGAGUCGGAGAAGCGGCCGUUCAUCGACGAGGCGAAGCGCCUGCGCGCCAUGCACAUGAAGGAGCACCCUGACUACAAGUACCGGCCGCGGCGCAAGCCCAAGACGCUGCUCAAGAAGGACAAGUUCGCCUUCCCGGUGCCCUACGGCCUGGGCGGCGUGGCCGACGCCGAGCACCCGGCGCUCAAGGCGGGCGCCGGGCUGCACGCGGGCGCGGGCGGCGGCCUGGUGCCUGAAUCGCUGCUCGCCAAUCCCGAGAAGGCGGCCGCCGCCGCUGCCGCCGCCGCCGCGCGCGUCUUCUUCCCGCAGUCGGCCGCCGCUGCCGCCGCCGCUGCCGCCGCCGCCGCCGCCGGCAGCCCCUACUCGCUACUCGACUUGGGCUCCAAGAUGGCAGAGAUCUCGUCGUCGUCGUCCGGCCUCCCGUACGCGUCGUCGCUGGGCUACCCGACCGCGGGCGCCGGCGCCUUCCAUGGCGCGGCGGCGGCGGCUGCAGCGGCGGCCGCGGCCGCCGGGGGGCACACGCACUCGCACCCCAGCCCGGGCAACCCGGGCUACAUGAUCCCGUGCAACUGCAGCGCGUGGCCCAGCCCCGGGCUGCAGCCGCCGCUCGCCUACAUCCUGCUGCCGGGCAUGGGCAAGCCUCAGCUGGACCCCUACCCCGCGGCCUACGCCGCCGCGCUAUGACCCCCGCGGGGCCGCCUCGCGAGGACCGGUGUGCACACGUGUACAUAUGUAUAGGUACGAGCUCCGCGGCCUCCCCGUGCGCCCUCCCGCGACGGGGGCCCCGGUUUGUAUGUACAUAAGAUGUAUAGGUGCAGGCAGAG